CCUCGCAUGCCUCACAAUACCACCGCUGCAUGCAUAACGACAUGAACGGAUCCAGCGAUUAUGGAUAUGUCCGCAAAUGCGCAACCAUGCCCGCGACGCCCUAAACGUGCCAUCCAAAUUGGCACGGUACUGCCAUGGAGCGCGACUCGUGCAACUACACAAAUGCGGUCCAAAUCGAAAGACCCAGGCGCGAACGUGGACGCGCGCGGCACUGUACUGUAACCAGAUAGCAACGGAAACGGUACCGGCACCGGCGGCGAAAAUCAGUUCCACUUGUAUAUCAAUUUCUUAAAGCAUUGCGACACAGCGUAUCCACCACCCAUAAGAGACGUACGCCCGAGACGUGGACUUUGGCUGCAGAUUUCCGCGCCCGUCCCGGCGAGAUCUCAACAGGAGCACGGGCAGUACAGGAAUGCUGCGCUCUCAAGCAUCACGCAGGAGAGAAGAGGCAGAGCGUGGAAUGGGGCGGAAACACAUCGAAAGCAAGGCACCGCUGCGCGAGCAGACGAGCGACCCAGCUAGAAUGAGUCAUGGUUGAGCAAGUGCGUAACAGCACAAGUGCGCUCUGAGACACUUCCUGCGCCCAAAAUGCAAAACGCAGGGUGGCGCACGUGGCCAGAACAUCGCGUGCACCAUUUCCAAGAAUCCCACAAGCCCCUCUGGGCGAAGAUGGUUUACUCCUCUCAAUCUCUGCUGCGGUGCGGCCCCGCCGCCGGAGCCCCGCGUGGAGCACGGCCCGAAGCCAAACGCAGCCGCUCAGACCAGGACCAGGAAGAUGAAGAGGGCGGCGAGGCUGCCGCACUGCAAGGGGCUGCACGCACGCCGCGAGGCCGGUGGGGAUGCGCGGAGCGUGGCGGAUCACCCCAGGAGGCCUCCAGGACGCUCCCAAGAGGCGAAGUAUCCCAAACGCAUGGUUGA